UGAGUGUGAACACUGUGAAGGGCGGAUAACUCUGAUUUAUUAUAUAAUCACAAACUCGUGAAGGCACCCUAACAGUUAAGUUCGGCAUGUUCGACCCAGGUGUACAAUCAAAUAGUAAGUGCCAUCGCCUAUGGUGUGACUAAACGUGUAGCCUCGAGGUGUAUGAGCGGAUGGUCAUCUCCAGUACAAGAUUGUUAUUGGAGAAAGUGGUGCACAGAGAGCAAAUGGGAAAGCAAUGACUUCACGACAGGAAGAACAGAGAGGGUUACUUCAGGAGAGGUCCCAUGGGGCGACGACACCAGACUACAGCGUGUCUUCACUGGGUGAGGUAGACGACUCACACCACCAUACAGGUACAAGUGGGCACAGAUGGAAUGAAAGUGCACAGAAAGAGGGUAUGACAAUAAAGACCUUUGGCGUGGUGGCAUGCAUCCUGGUUACCGAGAUGUGUGAGAGGCUGACGUUCUACGGUGUCAGCGGAAACCUCGUUCUGUUCUGUACAAGUGUGCUGAAGCUCACCAGUCAAGAUGCUGCCAAUAUUCAGUUGGUGUUCACAGGAACCUCCUAUCUCUUCCCGGUCGUUGGCGGCUAUGUGGCAGACUCCAUUGCUGGUCGCUACAACACCAUCCUCGGAUCAUGCCUUAUCUACAUACUUGGGUUGUUCCUGCUGCCAGCGUGCUCCGCCGACUAUAUCGCGUGGUUUGGUCAAGACGAUGCAGGUCUUGCCUAUGACCUGAGUUUGGAAGCCAAACGAGGUUAUUUCUUGCUUGGUCUUGCUCUGGUUGCCAUAGGGACGGGUGGAAUAAAGGCAAAUGUUGGUCCGUUCGGUGCUCAGCAGGUCACAGAUCAGGGUCCGCUUGCUGUACAAACAUUCUUUAAUUGGUUUUAUUGGUUUGUGAAUCUGGGCGCUCUGAUCUCCUACACGGCUGUCGCGUAUGUACAACAGAACGUCAGCUUUGCCUGGGGCUACGUCAUCCCACUGUGCAGUAUGGCUGUUGCCCUGGUCAUAUUCAUGGCUGCGAGGGAGCAGUAUGUUCAUAUACCACCUGGAGGGAGCGUUCUGUCGACGUCAGUCCGUGUGUGCUGCCAGGGUUGUUCCUGUCACUCACCGGAAGAGGAAGGGCGGCCAUCUUUGUCUUUAGCCCGUACCAAAUAUGGCGGCAGAUUUGACGACGUCACGGUCGAUGGGGUGGUAGCAGUCUUAAAAGUUCUCCCUAUAUUUGCUCUGCUAAUUGGCUAUGCCGCAAUAUAUGCACAGAUGCAGUCCACAUUUUUCCUGCAAAGUGAACGCAUGAGUGUGAAGGUCGGAGAAGGGGCGAUACCGGCAGCCAUGUUGAAUAUCUUCAACACAAUCAUAGUUCUGUUGUUAAUACCACUGGUGGACAGACUGGUGUACCCAUCCUUCACUCGUCGGGGCCGUCCGCUCACAUAUCUACAGAAGAUGGGUAUCGGGCUGGUGUUCUCGGCCAGUUCUGUGGCUGUUGCGGGCAUAGUGGAGAUCUACCGGAAGCAGAACUUGGCCUCUACCGGGGGAAUCGUGCAGACACUAGGUGGAGAAAACUUCAACGCCUCUCAACUGAGUGUGCUCGUCCAGAUACCACAGUUCGCCCUGGUCGGGUCAUCGGAGGUCUUUACAAGUAUUCCAGGUUUGGAGUUCGCCUUCACCCAGGCGCAGCCGUCCAUGCAGGGGCUGCUGACGGGGUUGUUCUACGCCGUCUUAGGGUUGGGGAACUAUGUCGCCUCACUCAUCAUCGCGAUCGUCAGCGCAGCCACCACAGAUGAUCCUUGGUUUCCUAACGAGUUGAACUAUGGGCACGCGGAAUACUUGUUCUUCCUGCUGGGAGGUCUGAUGCUGGUGAAUCUGAUGUUCUUUGUUCCGGUUGCAAGACGGUAUAAGUAUGCCACACCCUCACAGGAAGCGGGAGAAACAUUCACAUCGAGACGUUCAGAGGAAGAGAAGCCCAUACUGACGUCUGAAGAUAGAUCUGUGUAUGGGACAACAAAAUUAUGAUGUACCUGAUUCUGUACUUGUCCAUUCAUUAAUAACCAUUCGUGGCACGAGUGUCUUAAAGAUUGUUUUGGGGUGUUUGGGCGAUGUGAGCUAGGCGGAGAACCAAAAGUGAACCAAGUAUAGAAGUAUCACACAGUUCUAGUCGAAGAGUAAGCGAGUUUGACGUCUCUUUAAACAUUACGUUAGUUAUAUCGCGGUUUGUAAGCGUAGUAAGGGAGGCGACACAAAGCUGCAGAUGUUGACCGGAUAGGUGCUUAUAGAUUCAACAAUACAACAGUGAUGGAAAACUGUGAUUCAGACGCACAUGUGUAUUAUAUAGCAGUAUUAAGCUACAAGGGUAACUGGUUAUUGGAUUGGUUAUUGACAACCAUAUAAGUUGCAGCAGGAUAUCUCGGGGGACAUGGGUUUUAUGCGUCCCGCGUUAGGUUUUAAACCACUAGCCGGAGGGACGCUUAAAACCCCAUGUACCUUAACAGAUCGUAUUUAUCUUACCAACAUGUUUUAAUAUGACAUUCCUUAAUUCAAAAUUAAUAACAACUGUUCGAUUGAGCUGAGGCGAAUUUGCUAAAAAGAGUGCGGCUUUUUGCUUUGAGGCUUGGUACACGGGAUGUAUUCGGCCUCCCCAAAUCCACGUGCAGCCUGUAUUGCUCUUGCGGGGAAUAAGAGAUUUAUUCCGCCGCUGAGAAAUUUCUUACCCUCCGAGGCGCGUUACACAAUAUUUUAUCAAGAUCAAUCGUGGACCAAUCAGAUCUCGUCAUUCUGACAUGGAGGCAUGAUUUAUUGUAUCAAGAUCACGUGAACCAUUCAGUAAAGGUUGUUAUUCAGUCGAACUGCUAAUACCAAAUCUAUUUCUAUAUUAAUUUCAUGAUUUACAUGUGUACAUAUGCCACAGAUGUGUUUAUUAUGACUGUAUAUUUGUCAAUGUGAUGUUUUCUGACAAUCGGAGUUUUAUGCAGUCAGUCAAGAGGAAAAUGAAUAUCCAUCUCCCGAGGCCUGACGCCGCGUGGGGGCGGGACACAGAUGCGGUAGUGUUAUCCACAUAGAUGUAUGUAUACAUAAUAUUGUCUUCAGGGAUAGAUCUGUCAGGCCAGUAUACAGCUGAAAAAUGACGGAAUUCAACCAGUCGCAUGAUCCGGUUCUGGUGAUCUAAUAAAGUUGUUUUUAUUUUUGUUGAUUUGCUGAAUAAAUGAUCUGUCAAUGUG